UAAGAGUCUGAUGUACGCGACUAACUAACUAUGUGGUUGCUGCUGAAAUCGUAGAAGUUGUGUUUUCUCUUUCAUCUAAAGCCAAAAGCGUGGAGCCGAGAUGGAUGGGGCCAAGAUGGAUCCCGGACCCGAAGCUGAGGAUUUUGAAUACCAACUGAAACUGGAACAGGAGGAGCAAUGGAAACGAGACAACGGGUAUAUCUACACAGAUCCCAACGAUGGAACCAUGUACGAAUGGGACCCAGAGAAACAGGCGUGGUUUCCAAGGGUGGAUGAAAACUUCAUUGCCUCUUACCAAGCCAGCUACGGUGUAACAACCGAGGGGACUACUGCAGACAGCCAAGCCGAUUCACAGUCUUCAGAAUCAGCAUCUCACUCCUCGGCAGCAACAGCUCAAGGAACAGUAUCCUCAACAUCUGCAGGAGUGGGUGAAGACACUCCUCCAGGAAGUCAGGAGGAAGCCAAAGGAGACGGGGAGGCGAAGGUAGAUCAACAACCUCAGAUGAUUUAUAGGUACCAGAAGAUGCAGAUGAAGAGGAAAGCGGAGCAGAAAAGCUGGUUUGAAGUCGACCCCACCAAGAACACCAAUGUCUAUGUGAGUGGCCUUCCAGAUGAUAUCACCCUUGAGGAAUUCCAGGAGCUGAUGGCCAAGUGCGGUAUCAUCAUGCUGGAGGAGGACACGGAGAAGCCAAAGAUCAAGCUCUACAUGGAUGACCAGGGCAGAGCUAAAGGAGAUGGCAGGUGCUGCUAUCUGAAGAGAGAGUCUGUUGACCUUGCUAUCCAGCUACUGGAUGAAUCAGAGAUCAGAGGUCACAAGAUUCAUGUAGAGGUCGCGACCUUUACCCUCAAAGGAGACUAUAAACCAGAUAUGAAAAAGAAAAAGAAGCCUAACAAGAAAAAGAAGGGAAAAACUCAAGAAAAGCUUCUGGACUGGAGGCCAGAGAAGAAGUUUCCACAGAGGAAAAGAAAUGAGCAGGUUAUCAUUCUCAAAUAUGUCUUCCAUCCAAGUGAAUUUGAGGAAGAUGCCAUGCUGAUCAAUGACAUCAAAGAUGACGUCAAAUCAGAAUGUUCUAGGUACGGCGAGGUCAAGAAGGUUCUCAUAUUUGAUAGACAUCCAGAUGGUGUUGUCUCAGUCAAGUUUAAAGACGUUGAGAAUGCUGACAAGUGUAUCCAAGCCCUGAAUGGAAGAUGGUUUGCUAAACGUAAGCUUGAGGCCUUCCACUGGGACGGAAAGACAGACUACAAGAUAGAAGAGACAGACAAGGAGAGAGAGGAAAGAUUGAAGAAGUGGGAAGAUUUCCUGCAGGAUGACGAUGAUGAUGAAGAGGAUGAAAAGCAAAAGAAGGAUGGAACACCCAAUGAUAAGGACAGGCUGGAGAUGAAGGAAGAGACAAAGAAAGAAGAAUCAAAGGAAGGAAUGGCCAAGGAAGAUAGAGGAACAGAGAAGAAAGGAAAUGAUAAUGGUGUUACGAUAGAAGGAACUGGAAAAGAGGAGCACAAGGAAGAGGGAAAUUCAUGAGACGAAUGGAGGAAGUGACAAGACUUUGUCACAGAUUUCCGUAAGGAGAAUGAUAUGAGCAGACUGCUGGCAGUACUGUGUACCGUAAUGAUCAUGCAUACAACAAGAUUGGUCUUCAGUUUGAACUGCAAAUGUAUGAUAUGGGAAGUACAGUUGUGCUAAAAAAUAGUGAACCCCACAACAAAAUGCACUCCUUCAUGCUUAUUGUUGAAGGUAGAGAACACCACAACAGUGUUCAGCAAGCCCAGAGAAACAAACUUUAUUGAAUGUAAUAUUUUAUCAUCUAUCUUCAAACGCAUAUAUCUGAACCAUGGCAAAAAUUGGACACUAGUAUGACCAUUUUUUGGUGGGGUUCACUAGCUUUUUAACACCACUGUAUAACAAGUUUUUGUUAUGGUACCUUACUCCAAGAUGGGAAGGACAUAAUUGGCCAGUGUCCUGAGCUUUUAUUAAAGUUCAUAGACGUUUCUUUCCUGAGUCUUGUUCCAUUCAGAGUCAAAUUCAAAUGAAAUGCAAAAAGUCAAACUUGAAUCGCAGUGCCUGCUCCUGAUCAGUUGAAAAUCAAGUUACUUUUUUUUUGGAGCUACAUUUAAUUGUAAAUUUUUCUGCAAUUUUUUCUUCAACGAGUCCCUGAUGACCUUGGAGAUUAAAGUAUUCUUGUAUUCUUUUAACCUGGUAUGAAUGAAUGAACUUUAAAUUAGAGUCCCUGUACAAGUCUCGUUGUUAUGUCUGGCAAGCCUCAUCUCUCAGAAAGUCAAGCAUAAACCAGUCUCUUGACAACACUAUGUUGACAUUCAUUCACAAUAUACGAUGCCCUUCUAGAUGCAAGCUUUGGUAUGAAAAUUUCUUUUACCCAUUUUUUCUUCAUUUGUGCCAAAUAACAGUAUAGGGCAUUAUAUCUGAAUUAUGGAAGUUCGCCCUAAACACCAUGUAUGUACUCCUGAAAAGGACUGUUUGUUUAUCUUUCCUGGUCCUUUUCAGGACUAUAUACAUAGUGUUUACCAUUGACUUCCAUAAUUCUCUCCACCAUGAAAACCUUUAAAUAUCAUCUUACAUGUAGAUUUGCAUUUUAAAAUGUGAAUGACAUUUCCUUUGUAAAAUGAGAUUCAGGGUGUAAUUCACUGCCAUAGAAAUUGGACUAAAUGGCAAGUGGGUUAUUAAGUGGUAGUAAGACCAAAUGGUUAGUUGAUGAAUUGGUUGUAGACAAACUGUAAAGGAUUAGGCCAUGUGGGGUGAGAAUAUAAUUGAAAACUAGACAAAAUGGAUCUCUAUACUGAAAAUCCCUUAUUGAUAGACAUCUGUCUUUACCAACCAAAAUUACACAUUUAUGCAUGUCAGUUUGCUACUAUACACAAUUCUAAUGGGUCUAUUCUAGUCUAAGAUGUAGACCACCAAUGCAUGUAAAAUUACAAAUGGUUUUCACCCAAUAAAAUUAGAAAUAUAAUCUUUGCAGAUAUUUUUCUUUGAUUAGCAAGUCUCAGUAUAUAUGAAGAGACUGAAAAAGAGGAAAAACAAUUUAGCAAAAGAGAAAAAGAUUUGAACUCAAAUAUUCAUUGAAACCUAGCUAGGCAGUUAGAUUUUGUAGGAUCAGUGAACAUG